AUGUCCGCCUCGGCCUCUCAAUUUCAGCAACUGGAAAAACUCGGCGAAGGCACGUACGCCACUGUUUUCAAAGGCAGGAACCGCGCUCUGGGCACGUUUGUCGCGUUGAAGGAAAUCAACCUCGACAGCGAGGAAGGAACGCCUUCUACAGCCAUUAGAGAAAUCUCCAUUAUGAAGGAGCUCAGACACGAGAACAUCAUCACGUUGUACGACGUCAUACAUACAGAGAACAAGCUGACGCUUGUGUUUGAGUAUCUGGACAAGGACCUGAAAAGAUACAUGGACUCGAACGGGUACAACAAGAGCGGUGCUUUGGAGCCCCAUGUGGUCAAGUCGUUCAUGUUCCAGUUGCUCAGAGGAAUCAUGUUCUGUCACGACAACAGAGUGCUGCACAGAGACCUCAAGCCGCAGAAUUUGCUCAUCAGCAGCAAAGGCGAGCUCAAGCUCGGGGAUUUUGGACUUGCUAGAGCGUAUGGUAUUCCGGUCAACACGUUCUCCAACGAGGUGGUCACUCUGUGGUACCGUGCGCCGGACGUGCUGCUCGGCUCGCGAAGCUACUCCACGUCCAUCGACAUGUGGUCCGCAGGCUGCAUCAUGGCCGAAAUGUACACGGGCAAGCCUCUUUUCCCCGGCUCGUCGAACGAAGACCAAUUGUUCAAGAUCUUCCGGAUAAUGGGCACUCCAAACGAAAGAUCGUGGCCAGGAGUCACCAAUUACCCGAACUACCGGUCAAAUUUCAACUCGUUCAUCCCACAGGACCUGCACGCCUUGAUCCCCAACAUGGACAGUCUCGCUCUCAACCUGCUGCAAGGCCUGCUCCAAAUGAGACCAGAACUUAGACUCAGCGCACGCCAGGCCUUGCAGCACGCCUGGUUCAACGAUUACACUGGAAACUCCGUCGUCGCCAGCCCGAUGCACGAACAACCUUCCCAGCAGUUCAACUACUAG